CAGGCCCACCCGUUGGGCGGCUGUGACCGCCGCGGCGCUCUUCUCUUCCUCGACUACGUGCUGGAGUUCGCGACCAUCUUCCCAGCCAGUACGUGCCAAGCCAACAGCAUCCAGUGCAAACAGCAGUGACCAUCGUAUGUCGCAUACUGAAAAAGGCGCUUUAAUUUUCCUUCAUGGUAGCGGAGAUGAUGGCGGCAACAUGGCGUAUGCCUUGCGUGCGACGGGUUUCACUCAGCGAAUGAACGCUCUCGGCAUAUCAGUGCACUGCCCUACAGCCAAACCUCGAAGAUACACCUACGCAAGCGGUGCGCUGAGCAAUGUAUGGUUUGAUCGUGUAGAUUUGGACAUUUCAGCACCGGAAGACAAGGCCGGUAUGGACGACUCCUUCGCAGAGCUCAUGAGUCUGAUCGAGAAGCUUGAAAACGAGCAAGGUAUCUCGUCUUCUCGCAUAUAUUUGGGCGGCUUCAGCAUGGGUGGAGGGAUGGCGCUUGCCACAUUGGCGAGAGAAACUAAAGUGCUAGCAGGGAUUUUUGCCAUUGGCAGCUUCCUGGCCUCAGACUCUGCUGUCUACCAGUCGCCACAGCAAAGGACCAUGCCACGCAUCCUGCUGGCUCACGGACAAUCGGACGCUGUUGUACCCUAUGCGUGGGGCGAGGCCACCGCCAGAAGAUUGUAUGCCUGCAGUCAAGAGAACUUCGGUGGUGAUAAAGAAAAGGGUCAUGGUGAGGAAGACAGGGUAGCUUUUUACGGCUUUCCCCGCCUGCAGCACACGUUUGACGAGCGCGUCCUGUCCGUCCUGGCCAGAUGGAUCGAGACCGGCGCCCAAAAAUUCCCUGACGUAGCAGAAGGCUGCAUGCAAGAAGAGAUGACGCGGACCUCUCUCUCUUCACUGCCCGGAGCUCCCUCGCCAUCGUCCGCGGAUUUACCUUCCAUAGCCACCGCGGCCGCGCAGAGUGCGUCAGCUACCUUCCCAUCGGACGAGGUGCACAUGACGCUGGAAAAAGCAGACGCACGGCAGACCCAAACACAGGAGCAGACGGAAGAAAAAGGCAAAGUCGCUCCAUGUAAGUACCGAGCCGUCUUCCGCGUUCCACAAGACCGAGUCCAAUCCUUCUUGGACCGCCCUGUGUCUGCGCGCGGGGCGCACUUCUCUUUCGCCCACGGGCCGACGCCUGGCACCGUUUGUACUUCGUUCGAAAGUACGCGGCCGGAGGAGACAGCCAAAGCGCUUCUUGAGCGAGUUAAAAGCCGAGUCAGGGACCCGGAUGCGCCAGGAGGCAUUGACACCUGCCAUCCCUCGUGAGGCAUGACCAUGCGUCCAACGAAAGCCAAGCGGAAAAGAAAGAGUCUGCUGGAACACCAUCGCUAAACAAAGAGUAUUGUGUCUCGGA